GGUGCGUGGGGAGCGUCUGCGCCGUGCUGCGCUCGCUGCUGGGCGGACAGCGCUCGUUUCUCAUCAGUCAGCAAGGUUCCGAGAAGGACCUCGGUUUCACCACUGACAAAACUGGGAUCCAGAAUGGCAAGACGACCUCAGAGACCAGCGAGCCAGCAGCAAGCUGGGACCCGAGUGCACCCCUGAGCCCUUGCCCCUUCUGCUCCGCCUGUCGACUUUCCGCGUCUGGACAUCCAGCCAGCACCAGCACCCACCAAAGAGACCUGACCAUGCAUGUUCGUGUUCCCUGUAAUGUUAUUACAGCAAACAAGACCGAAACAACCACUUCCCUCAUUAGAGUCCUUCAGAAUCAGAGUCAGUUCUGACUGAGGUUCCAGAUGAUGCGGCAAGCCUUCCGCAUGGGGAGGUCCGUGACCAGGUCAGGGGACCCUCCCCCGGCCAUCAACACCGUCCCCCUCAGCCCGCUCCUACUGCCACCGUCGCCCGGCAGGUUGGAGGGGCAGGGCCCGGGGGACACUGGUGCAGAGAGGGCGAAGGAAGGUGGCGAUCCCAAAGGAGCAUGGAGGCGAACAGUGCUUUCAGAGUGUUUUGGAAAUCAAGGCAAUUGUACACGAGAAAACCAACAGCUGAUUCAGAGGAUGAAGUCCCACUGCCAUGGAAAAGGAAGCAUUUUAAAAGGAAGAAGAAGAGACCAUCAGAAGAAGUCUCUGAAAAACACUCUCCAGUGCAGGACUGUGAUGAGAUGAUCACGUUCCCCUGCUCCGUUUGCAAGCGUGAGGUUGGCCUGCCUGGCGUUUUCCUCCACAAAAAGCGGCACGUGGCUCUGAGCACACUGGGCCUGCAGUGGACCGGGGGGAGGAGACCCGGGCUCUCGGCGAUCGUAGACCAGAGACAGUCCGUCAUUACUAAGCUGCUGUCGUCUUUUGCGUUCAAUGAGAAAACCUUGCAGAGCAUUAAUAAUGCUUUUGAGCUACUGUGGAAGAGACAGGUACCAGCAUACUAUAGGAUUAUGGAGAACAUUUGCGAGAGUUCCAUACACCCUCAAAAAAUCAGUCACCUAUUAAUUAAAGGAGCAGCUAUUUGCAAUGACAGGAAUUCCACAUGGAGAGUUGACAUGAACGAUAAAUUCAUUGUUGUGAAUAAUUUUGGCAGUAAACCCAACGUGUGUUUUUUUGGUUUGUUUGAUGGACAUCACGGAGCCUCAGCGGCCGACUUGACCUCAACAGAACUCCCAGUUUUACUUCUCCAUCAACUUUCCAGACUUGAUCCUUCUUACCAAAUGACUCCUGAAGAGCAAACAGUAAUCAGUUCUUUUAACACAGUGUUUAGAGAGGACUAUAGAGCUAUAGAAGACUCCUUCUCUUCCAAAAAGAAGAGGACAAAAGGAAUGAAAAGCGUGUAUGAGAACACUCACAAAGCCUUCGCCAAAGCGUUUUGGAGAAUGGACAGGCUUUUACGUCUUGGAAGGAGGGAAGUGUCCAGGGUCCGAUGGAGUGGCUGUUCCGCAGUCACUUGCAUGCUGGAAAGCAAUGCUGAGAGUCCCGAAGCCAGGAAGUCUUGGGGAGGAAUCAGUGACCUUGGUGCUUUGGCAGAUAGGCGUCUUUUCUCGGGGAUGCCAACAAUCACCACUGGAGUGCUACAUGUUGCAAAUGCUGUGAAGUCUCGCUGCCUUGGUCUCCCUGGACUCUCAGUUCUGUCUCCUCAACACAGAUCAGAGGGUAACGUGCAAGCAGUCUUAUGCAGAAACGGGAAAGGCUUCUGCUUAACCAAAGAGCACAGCACCCGGAACCCGGACGAGAGGCGGCGGGUGCUCCGGCAGGGAGCGGCCAUCAGCGCCAACGCGCCGCACGGCCUCCUCCAGGGGCGAAGGCCCACCACGCGCGGGCUUGGCUUCCAUGGGGACCUCAAGCUGAAAAAAUCCAUCAUUCCAGCCCCUCAGACGAUUUCUGUGCCCAUAGACGACUUGUGCCAGUUCCUCAUCCUGGGCACGGAUGGGCUCUGGGACGUUCUGGACACAGAGGAGGUCACCGCACUCACCAUGUCCGCCUUCCAGGCGCACAGAGACACGCGGGGUCCCGCCGCGGGGAACGAACCGUCACCGCCCAGGGGGUCUCUGCUCCGCCCCGUCGGUGAACGAACCACAUCGAAAUCGGAGCCUAACAUCCACACAGUGUUUCAGUGCAAAUCUGCAGAGUGCGUGUCAACUGUCAACUCAGAAGAAAACCUGUCAGUUUCAAAACAUCCUAUUUGUGACCCUGAAAGUUCAGGGCUGUUUCCACCGAAAAUGACCACUCGUGAUGCCUGCAGUGAGGAAGGAGCCGACGGACUGACCAGUGUGGAAAGAGAGCCAAGAGACUCAAGAGAAAAUCAGACAGGACUAGGCUCUCCGCACUUCUAUGAAGGCGCCGCCGCGUCCAUCAGCCACGAGCUCGUCAACGCUGCUCUGGCGGCUGGCUCCAGGGACAACAUCACCGUCAUGGUGAUACUUCUCAGCGGGACCGAGCAUCAGCUGCUGACAUAAAGGCUCUGGUUAUCCAGAGAAGAGAAGUACGGAGACAGUGCGGCAAUGAACCAGGUACCACGACAUCACAUCAAUACCACAUAAUUGUUAAGAAUGCAGUAAAGAAAAUAUAAAAGCAGAUUUCAGGUUACACAAUGCCAUUUAUACAUGUUCAUGUGAAAAAAGAGAAGAACCAGUACUUGC